AUGGAUAGACAAUACAUAUGCGAGUUCUCGCUGAAGAUCGAGCAGGAUGGCUCGGAUAUGUUUGACGACACAACUGGCGAAUAUGCGGAUAUUCGCGAGACUCGCUGGAAAGGCUCCAAGUCAAUGGAAUUAGGCGAUGGCUACAAGCUCAUCUACCACGGCAUAUCAAAUCGCAAUGACAUUGGUGUCAUAUUGAACGAGACGUUUAGGAACAGCGUCACAGCGGUGGAUCGACAAUCCGCUAAUGGCUGUAAAGAAGUUCUGGAGCAGUAUAUCCAAUCCCAGAAAGGCAAAAAAGUACUACCAAUCGGAGGAGACUUCAAUGGACAUGUCGGUUCUCGGAAAAAGAGGAAUCGGCUGCAGCAACAUGGAUUGCACCUCAAUGUAUCAAAAACUGAGUAUAUGGAGUGCGGACCAACGAUAGAAGAUGCUUCAUUUCGUGUCGAUGGCACCGAAUUGAACAAAGUGGACUGUUUUAAGCACCAUGGAUCCAAAGUGACUUCCACUGGCGACAUUGAUCAAGAAGGUCGAGCACGUGUUAAUGCAUGGAUGAAAUGGAAAGUAGCAACAUGCGUAUUGUGCGACAAGAAAGUCCCUGUUCGACUGAAGUCGAAGAUCUACAGGAUGGCUGUGCGUCCUGUUGCCCUUUACGGAUGCGAGUGCUGGCUGACAAGGAAAGCCUUGGAAAGAGUGUUCCUAUGGAGAUGCGGAUGUUGA